AUGGACCAAUCAUUGACCCUGAUAUCUGCCCAGGUCCAGUUCAUGGAGGAACGACUGGCUCUCGUGCAUAUUCCGCUGGAUAUAUAUCCAUUUUUUGUCAGUCCGUUGUUGCAGCUGCUCUUCCACGAGGUGCCUCCCAUUGAUCGCCAUAAUGCCGACGACAAGGAGGAGGAGGAGGGAGACUUUCUUGGAGACGUUCCGCCAGCUUUUCUGAAUCUCUCCGUCACACCGGUGGAAUGCUCCGUUAUGUGUUCCAGAAAGCUGGCAGACUUGUACUUCCAGCCGUUGGUCGACAAGUUUUGUCAGACCAACCCGUCGUCCAAGACCCAAGUCUCGAUCAGCCGAGAAGACUUCAUCGCUAUGCAGGUGUAUGGUGAAGGCCUUGACGCAAGUCAGCGCGUGCUCGAGCUGACCAGUCCGCUGGCCAUGGCGGGAAUAUCCAUCUUCUUUAUUUCGACAUACUUUUCCGACUACAUUGUGGUUCCACUGCGUGCCAAAACGCAAGUUAUUACUACCCUCGAAAACCACGGCUUCCAAUUCGAAACCUCGACGGAUGCUUUCAUCAACAACGCCCAGCUACAAUUCAACAAUAUUACUCCACAUUCACCGCGGUCUCUGACCAGCCCAACCUCUCCUCCCAGGACUCCUCCACCAUCGUCGUUGGCGGAGCUGCAGGCUCGGACCUUUGCCUCUCUACGCAAACACCAGAUUGUUCCAUCAGUUGAUCCAUCGCUCCGCUUAGUUCAAUGUGCGGCUCAUCAUCGAUACUCCCACGAUUCCAGCUCACUCUCCAUUCUUCGCCGGGCCCUCACCACAACAUUGCUUGUGGAUCAACCGCGCUUCCUUUCCCUCACACUGACAGCUGCAGAUCCGGCAGCCUCCCUUUUGCUAGAGCAACGGCUUCUCCCGCGCUUCGUGGAUGACCUCGGGCCCGGUUCUGGCUCGGAUGACGAUACUAGUCUCCUGCUCGGCUCUAAAGAGGACAUACUCGUGCCGAUUAUGCUGGAUUUGCGGGACUUACCAGUUGAAGCAACCGGCAUUAUCUGCGGAGUAGCCAGCCGUCUAGCAGCCGCCACGCACUCCCGAAACAUCGACGAGCCUGACCUGCCCACACUGCCCAACGGCAACGGCAAACCGCACCUGCUCUCACACAGCGCAACUGCGGGAUCUAAUCCCACAGGCGAGCGCAAACUGACCAACGGCCACUCUCUCGCUCCCUCGCACCAUCUACAACCGGAGAUCGACCCCUUCCUGGACGCCGUGGAGGUCAGCUUCCUCAGCACCGCUCGAGGCGGAACGGUCAUCGUUGGCGAGCGCGAGCUACAUCGGGCCGUGGACGCCUUGGAUGCAGAAAGCCACGAGCCUGAGAGCCAUGGGCUGGAGGUGGUCGAUGAAGCGGCUUAG